UAUGGCAUUCUCGACAGCCGCUCAAUGCGAUUUUCCAAAGCCAUGGUCGGGUAAUAUCAAGUACAACAAGGACAGUGUGCUUGGCAAAGGGGGUUUCGGAGUUGUGUAUCGUGGCACUUACAACGAUGAAACUGUCGCCGUUAAAAGAAUCGUAUUGGAGAAUGUUGAUCCACUUAACCGGGAAGUGGCAUUGCAGACUCAGCUGGAUCACGAGAACGUCUUGAAAAUUUUGACAGUCGAACAGUCUAGCGAUUUCAGGUAUAUCGUUCUAGAGCUGUGCAAUGGAACAUUGGAACAACUUUGCGAUGACACCUACGUCGGUGCGGAAUUACCAUCAGAUGCCAAAAUUUUGCGCCAAAUGACGGAAGGCCUUCGUUACAUCCACACGCAGAAAUUGGUCCAUCGAGACAUCAAGCCGGAGAACGUUCUCUUCUAUGGCACGACAACCCCUGUGCUUGUUAAACUGUCCGAUUUCGGAUUGAGCAAGCACCUGAGCACUAACGAAACAUGCAGCAUGAGUGGAUUCAAAGGAAGCCAACUGUGGAUGCCACCCGAAUUGUUACAGUUAACUGACAAUUCAUUGCAAAUGGGUACUAUGUUUCAAGCUAAAGGGUCGCCCAGUAGCGACAUUUUUGCCACGGGAUGUGUCACUUUCUAUUACGUCACUCGCGGCAUUCAUCCGUUUGGCGCUGGUGCUAUCGACGUACCCAGCAAUAUCCGUCAUGAUAGACCCGUCAACAUAGAAAGAGGCGAUCCUGGGCUCAACUAUUUACUCGAUAUCGCGCGGGAAAUGAUCAGAUUCAAUCCGAAAGAAAGGCUGGGACUUGACAAAGUCUUGGAAAAGCUUCAGUUUCGCCAGCGAUUAAGCUCCACUAGAACGCCCGUGUUUCAUGUGAGAUCUAAAUUGUGCAACCAAUCGAUGCCCGAUAAUAGAGUGACGACAUGUGUCUUUCAUCCCGUCGAUCCCGUUUUAGCCGUUGGCUUCCACGAUGGAAGUGUCGUUCUCAUUACAAAUGAAAUUGAUGAAACGCCUUUUCUAAGCUGGGAUCGUGAAACCUUGUCGGCCGUACACGACCACCUCUCGACAUCAUUUGCCCUGAUCAACAUGGAAUGGAAUGUAAAUGGAACUCUGUUAGCAGCUAGUACUGAUAAGGGGUCCGUCAUUUUAUGGACGUAUCAAAACAAGGAAAUCAACUUUGAUAGCGUCCAGCUUGGAGAUAACGUCGGAAACAUUUAUUGGAGCCCAUUUGCUACCCACAUGUUUGUGGCCAAUUUUCGUCAUGAGACGCGUCGGCGAGCCAGGCGUGAUUCCGGACAUAAGGGAGGACUUUUGGUUUGGAACGGAGCGAUCGACGAAGAAGAAACGGUUGAAACCAAAUUGAGAACGACUUAUCACAUCAGAGAUGUUGCCUGGAUCUCGCACGAUGAAGUGGCCCUCGCCUGUGACGGAAAAAUCCGCAUUUUCACCAUUAUGAACGGCACUAGUUUAUCGGCAAACCCCAAACAGCUGCUCCACAUUGGUGAAGUUGGAGUUGUGGCAUGGAACGAACGCUCUAAAAUGCUGGCCUCCGGAUCAUCAGAAGGCACCCUGAAGGCAAUAUCAAUCCAGCUUUUGUUAUUGAUCUACGCUGAAAAAAUAAAAUAA